AUGUCCUGCAUUGCCAUGGGACCGCCCGGUCCUCCCCCUUUCGUUUCCCCCUUCUUGUCUCUCUUUUAUCGUCCGGUACGCUCUUCUCUCCUCUCCUUCAUCUUUUCGUCUGGCCGGCACGGACUUGUACUACUCCUCGUCCCAAUCCCCCCAUCGUCGCCGCUCAUGGGUGAAUCCUGGUUCCAUCGCGAGUUCCUCAAUCCCCGAAGGCUUGCCUUUAAUGUCCUCUUCUACGGCACACACCUGUUCUUUUUCGCCUAUGGUUGGUACAGCCAGGCGACUAACAUACGUCUAGCGGGCCUCAAUACCCUGGGAUACUCCGUAUGGAUAUCCCGAGGCGCAGGUCUUGUCCUGGCAUACGAUGGUGGUCUCAUCCUCAUCCCCAUGUUGCGCAACAUCAUCCGCGUCGUCCGCCCCAAGCUCACCUGGUUGUUCCCCGCCGAUGAGAACAUUUGGUUCCACAGACAGGUCGCCUAUUCUAUGGCCUUCUGGUCUAUGGUCCACACAACCGCCCACUAUGUCAACUUCAUCAACGUCGAGCGCACUCAAAUUCGCAAACAGACAGCACAGGACAUCCACUACACGCAACCCGGUGGCAUCACUGGCCACUUCAUGCUGCUCAUCAUGCUCCUAAUGUACACAACUGCCCACCAGAAGAUCAGAAAGCAGUGCUUCGAAGCGUUCUGGUACACUCAUCACCUCGCUUUCUUCUUCAUGAUCGGCCUCUACACCCACGCGACUGGUUGCUUCGUCCGCGAUUCCGUUGAGCCCGACACAAUUCCGACCUUCCCAUUCUACUCGACGGAACAUUGUCUGGGAUAUCUCAGUUGGAGGUUUACCAUUUGGCCUGGUAUCAUCUACUUCGGCGAGCGGGUCUGGAGGGAGAUCCGUGCACGCAGGGCUACACGCUUGUCCAAGGUCCUGGUCCACCCCAGUGGUGCCAUGGAACUCCGCAUUACCAAGCCCAGUUUCAAGUAUACCGCAGGUCAAUGGCUUUUCCUCCAGAUUCCGGAGCUUUCGAGUUUCCAGUGGCAUCCUUUCACAAUCACGUCUGCUCCUGAGGACCCCUACGUAUCUGUUCACAUACGUCAAGUUGGGGACUUCACUCGUGCUCUCGGAGACCGUCUCGGCGUGGGCCCGUCCGUCGUGGCUGCCAUGACCCAAGCUGCGAUGAAAGGAGCGGAGAAGGACGACAAAGCUGGCGUGUCCCGUGGAGAUUUCGUCGAGCUCGAUCCUUCGAUUUCAUCCAUCUCGCUACCCCAUGUCCGCAUUGAUGGUCCUUACGGUGCUCCGGCUGAGGAUGUCUUCAGCAAUGAAGUUGCUGUGCUUAUCGGCGCUGGUAUCGGUGUUACACCAUUUGCGUCAAUUCUGAAGCACAUAUGGUACAGGCAAAGGAAAGGCAGGCUCGGGUCUCUGCGCCGUGUCGAGUUUUUCUGGGUCUGCCGUGACGCCCCUUCGUUCGGAUGGUUCCAAAGUCUGCUUCAGGAAGUCGAGGCCGCUCAAGCUGAUCCCAACUUCCUUCGCAUCAAUAUUUACCUGACGCAGAAGAUUGGAGAGGACAUGCUUUGGAACAUCGCGGUCAACGACGCCGGCGCAGACUACGAUCCCCUGACCCUGCUCCGCUCGCGCACCAUGUUCGGUCGCCCAGACUGGAAGUCAAUUUAUGGUCAGAUGAAGCAGGCUAUUGAGGCCGGUCAGUACCUUCCGGGAAGCACAUCUCAGCUAAAGACCAAAGUCGGAACUUAUUUCUGCGGUCCUGGCGUUCUGGCGAAAGCUAUAAAGGAGGCUUGCGAUGAAAGCUCGUCUUCCACCGUCGAGUUCAGCUUCGCCAAGGAGCACUUCUGA